ACUAGUACCGGUUUCACCGUCUGCUUAAUUCUCCCUGAUGCUCUCCACACUCUGUCUCUGCACUUGAUGAAGACUCCCUGACUAUGAAAAGGGAAAAUAUGGCUUUUUAAACCUCGACCGUCUUCCUCCUCACCAUAAAGCUCCGCGUGCUUUGCUCUCGCGACGCACUCCAAGACUAUUCUGAAACUAUGGGGUCUUCAGGUGUUUCCACAAUUAUUUCACCCACCCAUUGCAUGGUUUUCGCUUUUGAACAAUUUAAUCGAGGCAGAAGACACAAUGGCGGCAUCGAUCCUUCGCAGGAAUAUUCCUCCCAUUUCCACAAGCGAGCUUGGCGCUCCCCCUCUCCGACAGGCUAGCCAUAGCCAAUCACGGCCAAGGAAGGGGGCGGAGCCAGCGGAGAGGCAGAACUUAAUUGGUGAUGGUCACUCAGAUUGGAUGACGGAAAAAGUUGAUUUGUCUUCAUUUGUGUCGACGACCGAGUCUUCUCCCAGCUCAUCCCUUCCACCCUCGCCGUUAGAACAAGAUGUCAAGGUGCCCUCGGAUCUGGAGGUCAUGACCUCUCUACUGCAGGAGGAGCUGGCUCAGCUGGAGGACUACUUCCGCUCCGAGACCACAACCACAACAAACAAGUUGGAGAAAUCCUCAAAAUGUGACAAGGGUGCUCAAGCCAUGGGCUCCCAGUCUUAUUAUCAGUUACCCUACAGCUCGUAUGGGACCAGCCAAUCAGAAACCAGCCCUGUGGUUGUUACCUUGGCAACAGGGGAACUGGACCUGGCCAGCUUCUGUGGCGGUCCAAUCGCCAGAACCAAAAUUGCACGACCUGCUCCGUACAACUACCACCACCGCUACCACCACAAUAACGGGCGGAGGAUCAUCAGCGAGGCAGUGAAGGUCGGGGAGGAAGUAGGACUCGAUACGUGGGGCUCAAGGGGAAGUUACUCAGGAAGCGCGGAGUUGUCUGUGAACCACUACUCCACGCUGAAGACAGUGAGCAAGAACAGCUUCAGCAACGUCAAGAAGGUGAGAGAAUGUGCUUUAUCGUUGAAGGAAGAGGAAAGUUAUUGUUUUUCCGAGGGAAUGUUUUGCAGCGAGGAGAUCGCUCGAGGGUUUUGUCUGGGUGGCUCGUACGACAGCCACCACAAGCGCGAAGGACAGUUGCACAAUGUGAAGGUCAAUGUAAGUUACGACAGCACGGGGCUGGAGGUCUUGCACUGCGGUAAAGAUGGAGGACUUUCCGGGGGGAUUCCCCAAGAGACAAUGGUGGCCGGAGACGGCUACUUCCACCAGGCCAUGGCCAGCACGGAGCCUUACCAUAGCUUUAUAGGGGACCUCGACCAGCCGUCACAGCCUCAGGCUGUGGAGCCCCAACAUGGCCACUACCUCUAUCCAGAAUGCCUUGCAGACCAAAGCUACGAAUGUCUGUCCAGAGGGGAGGGCGAGGGGACUCUGAUGGGUGCCCCCAUCCACCGCCCCACCCAGAGGCUAAAGGAUGAGCACUGCUCCAUGAAGCCGGCUCUGGUGAUGGGCAGCGUUCCUGUGGAAGGCGUCCCCGGAGAGAGGAAGCAGAAGAAGAGAGACCAGAACAAAACCGCUGCUCACAGGUACAGGCUGCGUAAGAGGGCGGAGCUGGACUGUCUGGAGGAGGAGCUGCACGGCCUCGAGGGGCAGAACCGGGAGCUUCGUGACAAGGCGGAGUCGGUGGAGAGAGAAAUCCAGUACGUCAAAGAUUUACUCAUCGAGGUCUACAAGGCUCGCAGUCAGCGGCUCAAAACAGACGGCAGUGCCUGAAAAAAAUUAAUUAAAAGAAACGCCCACACUGACCUCCGUUUCCAGAACUCCCCAAAAACCAGCACCAAGAGAAAAAUCAAGUCAAGACUGGCUUUUUCGUCUCACAGGAAUGAAAUGGUAGUUGCAUGAUUUUGAUAGUUCUUUUCUAAACAACAACAAAAAAAAUAUGUUCCAAGAGGAUGACCCAAAAAAAAAGGAGAAAGAAACGGGGAAGUUUCCAAACGAGUGACUAUUUCUAAGAAGCCUUAGUGAGGUGGAGGAGAUGCUGGACUUGUCCGUGACCACUGUGAUCCGAACUGCACUCACAGCCUUGCGAUGACUGACUCUGUGCUUGCGAUGAUUUUACAAACUGAAUUAGUUAGUAGUGACGGAAUAUGCUUGUGUUUUUUUUGUGACACACACAUCGAGGCAGAUCCACGCUAAAUAUAUAUUUUAUUUUAUAUUUUUACUUAAUAAUGUUCAUUUAUGAUUUGCUUUCAACAAUCAAAUGACUGAAAUAAAAGGGAUUGCUGGAAAUAAAAAAGAGUGUGCUCUACAAAUCGGAAACAUUUAUAGAAUUUGCAUUGCUAAAAUGUUGAGUAUUUACACUCUUUUUACCCAUUCCCCCCCCCCCCCCCCCCCACUGAAAUACCCAAUGCAUGUUUGAUUUUGGAAAAAAAAGCAUGUGCGAGUGUUAUUUGAAGGCAAUAUUCUGUUAACUGCAUGGCUUCAAGAUCUCCAAUUUCAACUGAUUUCUCAUCAGCUGGCGACUUUCCCCUGAGCCCCCAGCCCCCCGCCAGUGUGAUUCAUGCUCAGGCCUUUUUUUUCUUUCUUUCCCCGCUAUGUGAAACAUUCACUGGCUUUAUUUCCUUUUUUUUUCUUCUUCUCUUGUCUCUUUCGGCUGUAUUUCGCGGACAAACAAUCACCUGUUGACGCAACAAUAAAUCGUUGUUGGGUAACUUCAUGAGAAUGUUCCUUUCAAUCGAUCAAUUUGUCUGAAAUUCAGGUCCUUUUACUAAUAACCGAUGUCAAUGUCAGGAUAUUAUACAUCAGGAAAAUGACAGCCAAAUAAACCAAGUUAUGUAGUAUCAUUGA